AAGCGUGUGUCUAGCACGGCGCUGUUUUGUUGGUUUGCUCUAUUUUCCUUUUCUAACAAAAGCAUAUUCUUCUUCUUUGAUUUUUCACCAAACACCUUCAUUUCUCUCUUCCGUGCCCAUAAUCCUCAAUCUUCUUCGUCCAUUGCUCUCUUUUACUGUUUCUGGAAAUCCAUUCUCAAAGGUCAACUUUGGUCAGAAUAAAGAAUGAAUAAUCUUUUCAGAGAUCUAAAUGGGGAGUCUGUGCCUUCUCAGCAAGAUAUACUUAGAUGCCCGUUUCUGAGAAACAUCAAUGAGCCUACAAGCUUUUCAUUUUCCUCAUCGAUGCUGUUCCCACAGCCUGUUAGAGGAGCUAAAGGUCCAAUUUUUGAAGAUGGUCCUAAUUUUGAUAUGGCAUUUAGGCUCUUCCAUGGGAAUGAUGGCGUAGUCCCUCUUUCUGGAGGAUCAUAUGUGCCUGUGAAGAAAGUUGAACCUCAGCUAGCCCCAGCACAGUUUAAUCCUUUGGCUGCAAAGGCUGCAACAAUCAGCCUUUCAUCCUUUGGAACUGGAGGCCCAUUUGGCUUCUUUGAUUCUUUUUCUGACAAAUGGAAGAAUCAGAAGAAAUCGUCCAACAAAGAUUCUUCAAAGGGUGGAAAUUCAAAACAUGAGUCCUUGGGAAAUGAGUGGCUCCAAUCUGGGAAUUGUCCAAUUGCUAAGUCAUACCGAGCAGUCAGUGGUGUCCUUCCGCUUGUUGCAAAGGUUUUAAAGCCUCCUGCAGGCAUGAAAUUUACGUGCCCACCAGCAGUGGUUGCUGCCCGAGCAGCUAUAUCAAAGACUGCAUUUGCAAAGAACCUCCGCCCUCAACCCUUACCAGCAAAAGUACUUGUGAUUGGAUUGUUGGGCAUGGCAGCAAAUGUUCCUCUGGGAAUAUGGCGAGAGCAUACUGAAAAAUUCUCACCAUCCUGGUUUGCUGCUGUCCAUGCUGCUGUUCCAUUCAUAGGGAUGCUUAGGAAAUCCGUGUUGAUGCCCAAGUCAGCAAUGGCAUUUACUAUUGCAGCAUCAAUCCUUGGACAGGUGAUUGGCUCUCGAGCUGAAAGAUACCGGCUCAAGGCUGUAGCUGCCAAAAAAUUGCCUCUUACUGAAACCCCUGUUGGCGAGUCCAGCCAGUUACAGGUGGUCAGUGCAAAAGUCGGUCAUUGUAGUGGUGAUGCAGAGUGGAAUUCGAUUUCCCUGCCUAUGGCAAGGCCUUCUUCAUCGACAGAUGUUUUCUGCUGAGCUUUUUUAUAAUUCAUCUGUUGUAACGGGUAAUUCGGCAGAGUUCAGAUCUCUGUUCUAUAUUGUGUGUAAGUGCCGUGUGGAAAAAAAGAAAAAGAAAAGAAAAAUGAGAUAUAAGAUGAGAAUGAGAGUACAUUAUUUCAUUUUCCCCUUCAUUUGAGUGGAACUUCCUAUUACAGUUUAUUCACAUUUUAAUCCUGUAUGAAUAACGAAUGUUUGUCAAGACAAACCAGCAGUAAUGACAACAAAUUGGAUAACUUCGAUUUCAAA